AAACUAAACCAAAAACCCAUCUGCAUCACAGUUUCUCGAUUAACAAAUAAAAUAAUAUUGGAAUGGAAAAGUUGCAUUUGGAUCUAGAUCUUCUGCUUUUCUUCUAUAAACAAAACAUGGGGUUCACCCCUCUACAAUCCCAAAACCGAUCACCUGUUUUCUCCCAUCAGCAAUGCCUGCAAAUCAAAAGAACCUCUUCCUUUUCCCCAAUGUCUUCUCUAUCACAUUCCUUCUUUCAGUUAACUCCCUCUUCUUUACUUGUUUCUCCAUUGAUGAGCAGGGCCAAGCUCUUCUCACAUGGAAAAGCAGCCUAAACAACUCUCAGGACGCACUCAGAACAUGGAAUCCUUCGGACUCAAGCCCUUGCAGCUGGUAUGGGAUCAUUUGCAAUGCAAAUGGCGAAGUCAUCCAGAUAAGUUUGAAGUCAGUAGAUUUGCAGGGCCCAUUACCUUCAAAUUUCCAAUCUCUCAAGUCUUUGAAGACUCUUAUCCUCUCAGAAACCAAUCUUACAGGCCCGAUACCAAAACAGUUUGGAGAGUAUCAAGAGUUGGAUCUCAUCGAUGUCAGCAACAAUGCUAUCUCUGGCGAAAUUCCAGUCGAAAUUUGCAGGCUAAGCAAGCUCAGAAGUCUCUCUCUCAGUUCGAAUUUGCUGGAAGGCGCCAUUCCUUCUGACAUUGGAAACCUAUCGAGCCUUGUGAACCUCACCCUCUAUGACAAUCGACUUAGUGGUGCAAUUCCGAGGAGUAUAGGAAAAUUAAGCAAGCUAGAGGUCUUUCGAGCAGGCGGGAAUCAAAAUCUCAAAGGGAUGCUGCCUUCAGAGAUUGGGAACUGCAGUAAUUUGGUUAUGUUGGGUCUUGCAGAAACCAGCAUUUCAGGAAGUCUUCCUCCUUCAAUCGGCUCACUGAAGAAUAUCCAAACCAUUGCAAUUUACACAACUCUUUUGUCCGGUCCUAUCCCAGAAGAGAUUGGAAACUGCAGCAAAUUGCAGAACCUGUACUUGUAUCAGAAUUCGCUUUCAGGGUCAAUCCCGAAACGACUUGGGGUGCUGAGCAAACUUCAAAAUCUACUGAUGUGGCAGAACAGCCUGGUGGGUAGGAUCCCUGAUGAGCUCGAGAGAUGUAGAGAGCUGUUGAUCGUGGAUUUAUCGGAGAAUCUGUUGUCAGGAAGCAUACCGAGAAGUUUUGGAAAACUCCUGAAGCUUCAGGAGCUUCAAUUGAGCAUUAAUCAGUUGACAGGUACGAUACCCAUUGAAAUCUCUAAUUGCACAGCUCUAACACACCUCGAAGUCGACAACAACAACAUGUCUGGUGAGAUUCCAGAAGUUAUAGGCAAACUAAAGAGCUUGACCCUGUUCUUCGCAUGGCAGAAUAAGCUCACGGGAAAUAUCCCAGAGAGUCUUGCGGAAUGUCAGAAUCUUCAGGCUCUUGAUCUAUCAUACAACCAACUCUACGGACCAAUAGCGAAACACAUAUUUGGAUUGAGAAAUCUCACGAAGCUUCUGCUCAUAUCUAAUGAUUUAUCUGGUUUUAUACCACCGGAUAUUGGAAACUGCACAAACUUGUAUCGUUUCCGAAUAAAUGGCAACAGGCUCGCUGGUGCGAUUCCAGCCGAGAUUGGGAAGUUGAAGAAGCUGAAUUUCCUGGACAUGAGCAAUAACAGGUUUUCUGGUGGAAUUCCUCUGUCAAUCUCUGGAUGUGAAAACCUCGAGUUUCUGGACCUCCAUUCCAAUGGUCUUACUGGUUCUGUGCCGGAAAAAUUGCCAAAAAGCCUUCAGUUUCUCGAUAUAUCAGAUAAUAGGCUAACAGGGCCGUUAACUCCAAGCAUUGGGUCCCUGACUCAAUUGACCAAACUAAUUCUUGGCAAGAACAGCUUUUCUGGUAGAAUUCCAGCGGAGUUGGCAUCUUGCAGUAAGCUACAGUUAAUAGAUAUCGGUGACAAUGGCUUUUCGGGCGAGAUACCGAAGGAAUUGGUCCAGAUUCCUGCGCUCGAGAUCUCUCUCAAUCUCAGCUGCAACCACCUUUCAGGUGAAAUUCCAGCCCAAUUCUCUGGUCUUGAGAAGCUCGCAAUCCUUGACCUUUCCCACAACGAGCUGGUAGGAAACGUAGACAUGCUUGCUAGCCUUCAAAACCUCGUUGCCCUCAACAUCUCCUUCAACCGUUUCUCUGGCGAAUUGCCCAACACACCAUUCUUCCGGAAACUCCCGCUGAGCGAUCUAACUGGGAAUCGAGCACUCUACGUCUCCGGUGGGGUGGUGGUUCCCGCCGGCCAUAUGGGUCCCAACAGGCACGCCAAAUCAGCAAUGAAGCUAGUGAUGCCUGUCCUAGUCAGCGCUAGUGCUGUACUACUGUUACUUUCAGUAUACGUGUUGGUACGAGCUCGUGUGGGUAACUUUGGGAAUCCAGAGAAUGAUGGCACAUGGGAGAUUACGCUCUAUCAGAAGCUCGAYUUCCGCAUUGAUGAUGUCGUCCGGAAUCUGACGUCGGCAAACGUAAUUGGUACCGGGAGUUCGGGAGUAGUCUACAGGGUGGAAACGUCAAAUGGGGAGACAUUGGCAGUAAAGAAAAUGUGGUCGUCGGAGCAGGAGAAGGAGCAACCGGGGUCGGGGGCAUUCGAGUCGGAGAUUCAGACGCUGGGUUGGAUCAGACACCGGAACAUUGUGAGGCUGUUGGGGUGGUGUUCGAAUGGAAGCAUGAAAUUGUUGCUCUACGACUACCUCCCAAAUGGAAGCCUGAGCGCGCUCCUCCACGGCGCGGGGAAGGGCGGAACGGACUGGGAGGCAAGGUAUGAUGUGGUGUUGGGAGUGGCAUAUGCCCUUGCCUACUUGCACCAUGACUGUGUCCCUGCCAUCUUGCACGGGGACGUGAAGGCCAUGAACGUGUUAUUGGGUCCUAGCUUCCAGCCAUACUUGGCCGAUUUCGGGUUAGCCAGACCUGUGAAUGCAUCUGAUUCUGGUCAUGACCAACUUUCCAAUAAAUUGAGUGUGAAACCUCAGCUUGCUGGAUCUUAUGGGUACAUGGCCCCAGAGCAUGCAUCCAUGCAACGUAUCACGGAGAAGAGUGACGUCUACAGCUUUGGUGUGGUACUACUCGAGGUCCUGACAGGGAGACACCCACUAGAUCCGACCUUGCCCGGCGGUGCACAUUUAGUUCAAUGGGUCCGAGACCAUUUACACAGUAAGCGUGACCCCGUCGACAUACUCGACCCAAGGCUUCAAGGACGGACUGACACCGAGAUACACGAGAUGCUUCAAACACUAGCAGUCUCAUUUCUGUGUCUCAGCACCCGAGCGGAUGAUCGCCCUACGAUGAAGGAUGUCGUUGCCAUGCUCAAGGAGAUCCGGCACGUUGAGAAUGUAAACUCAGAGGCUGACAUAUCCAAGGGCGAAACAGCAGCUCAUUCAUCGCCGGCAGUCAGUAGAGUCUUCCAAGGAUCUUCUAGUUGCUCCUUUUCUUUUUCUGAUGAUUCGAUCUGAGGAAAGCCGAUUAUUUGUUUAUGCAGAUUGCGCUCUGCUGUCUCCAAGGUUCAAGCGACUGUUUCAAGGAGGACCCAAUCAGCAGAAGUUUCUUACUCGACUCAGAAAAGUGUGAUGGAAACAGAGGUGAAUAGGGGAAUCCUGUUUCACCAUUCCACUGAAUCGAGGGACAUAUCCUUUGCCAAAUCAUGGUCCUGUAGAGUCUAAUUUGACUAAUUGUUAAGAAUUAUUAACUUAAUAUCUGUCUACUGAGUAUUUUCACAAAGAUCUGGCCAUACUGUUA